AUGGCGCCUCUUACAGAAUUAGUUUUAUGCAGUAUUUUAGAAAGGGAUAGCAAUGGUGAUACCUUAUGGACAUGGAAUUAUCCGACAAUGAUAGAAUCGGAAAAAAGUUUUAUUACAAGAAAAUAUAACUCCCAACUAGAGCAUAAUAACAUUCAAUCCUUUGUUUUUUCAAGACAUGGUCAAUAUUGGUUUUAUAUUUACAAUAAUGAAGCAGACUCGGAAAAACUGCCUAAAGUAAAACAAUUUGCAAUUGUACUUUUAACAACAGAUUACUGUCCUCAAAAGUAUGAAUUACUUUGUAAGAUUUUUAGUAAAACGUACAAUCAAAGCGGCGAUCCUGUAGAAAUUUUAAAAUUAUAUUUAAGCGCUUAUACCAAAGGUAGUUGCAUAACGAAAGACAACGAAAGCUUUUCAUCUAAUGAUUUUGACGCACUACCCUUUGGCUUAAACACCAAUCUUAAGGAAUUGAUUAAAGUUUUUGAAUUAGAAACGAUAUUAAUAUACACUGCUCUAUUAUUGAAAAAAAGAAUAGUUGUUUAUCAUCAUAGCUUGGAACAACUGUUAAAGUGGAUUAGGACAUUUCCUGUCCUGAUGAAACAUCGAAAAAUAGCAGAUAAUCUUCUCACUUGGGUUGACUUGAUACCAGAUGAACUCAAUGAAUUGAAGAAGAAUUCUUUCUAUGUAGCUGGCUGCCGAGACAACUUGAUAUCGUCAAAGCCAGAACUUUAUGAUUUAUUGGUUAACAUUCCUGCGAGAGAAGUUAUUGUUCCUAAUCAUGCAAAGGAAAGUUUUACAAUGACAAAAACGCAUAAAGAAAUCGCAUUGUUUAUGGUACAACUUUGUGAAAAUCAAUCGUUAACAGAAGUACAAAUCAUAUCUGAAAUUGCAGAUAAAACUCAAGAUCUUUUGAAUCAAUUAAUAACAUUGGCUACCGUUGAAACGCCAGAAGGAGCCAAGAAAGUACCUAUUCAAUCGAUUAAAGAGAAAAAUCUUGCAACAGCAGUUGAAAACUUUUUAAUCAAUCUUGCCAUUGCUGAGAAUCUUCUUAUAAUGUGAUAUUAUUUCAGUAUACAGAACUCGUGAUUAAAUCUUCUUUUUGGAUUAUAAAGAUAAAUGUCCAAUUAUUUAUUUUUAAGAAAAGUUUAUGUAAAUAAUUGCAAUAAUUUUACAUAUUUUGCAAGUGCAAUUGAAAUACUUCUUAUCGAAAAUCAUUAAAAUGUUGGCUUACCAUAAAACUUUUAUUCCCUUAAAAUA